AUGGAGAGAUUCAAAUUAAUAGAAUUAUUUAAAUUUUUGAUAAAAAUCGGAAACCUAUUUUUUAUCAAUAAAUUUGCAUACAAAAGGUCAAAAUGGAUAUGUGUUCUAAUGAAUAUAGUCAUUUUGUUCUAUUUUCUAGUUUCAAGGUUCAUUCAACUACAAUUGGUGCCAAUAUCAUUGUCGUUUAUAUUAAAUGGAUACCUGGCAAGCUAUAACGGAAUGAUCUGUAGCAACUACUCUGAGCUAUUCAAAAGACUAGGCUCUGAGUUUAACGUACAAUACGACAGACCAAAGCAUUGGAAAGUUUCUGAAUUAAGGGAAUUGGUGAAUGAAGUUUAUUCGUUGUAUUCAGCACUUUAUUUAUCAGUUAAUGUUUACAACUCAAAGCUUGGACCCGAACUUUCAAAUCUGUAUAAUAGUCUCAGGAAACUUUUGAUCUUACUCUCAAACGAACUUGUAAGACCAAAAGGUAUUGACAUUGAUAAUUUAGUCCACAUUGAUAUUUACAACGAUUUCAAUAACGUCAAAGAUCCCAACGCUAAGGAUGUUAGCGUAGAAAAGCUGACUAGAGAAUUACCAAGUGAAAUUUACAUAAAUUUUCUCUCACUGGUCCAUUCCGAGAAUAGCAAAUUAGUGAAUGAUCAACAUGUAAUGCAAGUUUUAAUUGAGUUUCCAGACUUAACGUUCUUUGAGCAAAUUGUGUCACACUCAAAUAACCUGUUCAAUAUUUGUAACGUAUUAAGUUUGGAAGGCAUGAAAGAACAUUCCAGAGGUUUUAUAUCACAUUUCUUUUCCCAUCCAAACUACGCUUUCGGGAAUUUAACCUUUCUUAGAUCACUACUGAUUUAUAAAUUCAAAGCUGUGCAUAACAGAAUUGUUGCCAAUAAAUUAACUGGUGAAGUUAUUGACACACUGUUCAUUCCACACAGUAAUUUUCUCAACUCACUACAACGUGAAAAAAUUAACAGUAAAUUGAUACCAAGAUCGAGUAAUACCGACACUAUUAGUUUAUUAUUUGGUUCGGAUAUAUAUUGUAAGGUAAUGGAUGGGUAUAGAGGAGUGAAGAACGUAUUGGUGUAUGCUGGACCUAAUGCCGCGUGUUAUGAGUUUCAUGCAUUUCAAUCUGAGAUACCAACCUUAGUUGAAGCUGGAAACUCAAUAAUACUCUUUAAUUAUACCUCUGUAGCCAAUUCUAUUGGUCUACCCAAAAUCACGAACAUCACUAGAAAUAACAGUUUCCUGAUCAAUCAUAUUCUUAACCAUUAUAACAUCUCUGAUGGUAAUGGUAAUAAUAACAACCUUAGUAGUGACAGAAAUACUAAUGUUGCCAGCUUAAGUGAUAGUGCAGAGGAUGGAAUGAAGAUAAAUUAUUAUGGAUUCAGUUUGGGUGGAUUUUUCACAUUGAAGAUGUGUAAGGGUAGUGAGAUGAGGUUUAUGGUCUUUAAUAAGACAUUUGGAGAUAUGAGGAAUUUAUCAAUGAGUAUGGUCGGUAAGUUUGUAGGUCCCCUGUUGCCUCUUUUUAACCUUAGCUCCAAUACCAUAGAUGAAUUUUAUAGACUAAAAACCAAUAAAAUUAUUACGGUCGAUAUCAACGAUGAAAUCAUACCAAUUAAGUGCAGUCUUCCAAACGAACUCAUAAAACGUCUACUGCUACCUGGAAUUAACAAAUUAACUAAAUCCUUCAUCGACUAUAAAUUCAAAACACUGCAAAUUAUCAACAAUUCCAUCAACUCUACGAACCCACAUAAUUCGAGUAACUCAAAUAACUCGAUUAACAGUGAUAAUGUUAAUAGUUCGGAGAAUGUUAUGGAAAAAUUAAUGUGUACUAAAGAUAUAUUGAACGUGUUAAUGUAUAAUAUAAAUUCAAUUGGCGAGUCGUUAUUAAAUCUGUUGGAAAGCGGAUCUGAAAAUAACUUAAAGGAUGAAAUUUCAAGUACAAACGAGUUCUUUACGAAGCUUUUAGUAUACGGAAGUAUACCAAAUAAUUGUGUUUCAGGUUACGCAAAUAUUUUGAAACGGAAGAAAUUCGAGCCCUAUUCACUGUGUAACCUCUACAAUAUACUCUCACAGUUACAAUUAAACACUAAUUACUUCUCAACAUGUUCGAAACUGAGCGAAUCCAACACUAUGAGAUAUAAUAUGACUGAGUCACAGGAAAAAUACAAUUCAGGUGAAUACGAUAGAAAGGAUUCUGAUAAAAGAGAAUCUAGGUUAAUAAAGGUGCCUGUGAAGGUGGCGGUAUAUUUUAGUGUGUUAUUGGAGGGUAAUACAAUAGUGAUUUCCAAGGAUAAUGAUUAUUAUUUGGAUUUCUCAUCAGUGACUGAAAACACUUGUGAAGCCUCUCACGUGUACAAGUUUUUAAAGAACGAUUUGAAGAAUUUCGGGAUCCCAAAGAUACACUUAACGCCCAUUAAACUUCUCGCCUAUUUUAGACUCUACUCAAUCGUUAACGUCUUCUACACCAUGAACAAGGUUAAAAAUAUCGUAGAUCAGUUUGAGGAGGUUGAGGACAUUAAUUCACUCUAUGAAUUGGUUAAGAUAUUUUUAUACAAUUUCGUCCAAUUGUUGAUUGAGGAACCUUUUGGAGAAUUGACUACAGUUGAGGAAACCGCUGGGAGUGUUUCCUAUGAAUUUCAGCUCAACAAGUUAAGAAAUGAAUAUCAAAAGUUUGGAGUCGUCAUACCGGAAUUCGUUGGACACAAUGAGCAAAACCCACACACUCUCUCCUUAAUUAAAGAUUUAAUCAAAAACCUGUAA